AUGGCAGCAAGCGAUCGGAAGAAGAAAGAUAUUGGCUGUCGCGUUGUGUUUCACGUGAGUACGAGUGUUUCUGCUCGUGUUUGGAUGCGUAUUCCAGAAUAUGUCGUCGUGUGUGUGCUUGGUCGGCCGGAAGUGGAGUGUGUACGAGAGGGAGAUGAGAGGGAAAAGAUUGUAGUUGUAAUCGGAAGUGGACCAAGCGCAACUGACAUAUCAAAAGAAAUAGCAAUGGUUGCAAAAGAAGUUCAUAUGUCGUCAAGAUCUCCACUUGUUAACAUGUCAAAACUGGAGAAGUUCGACAAUCUAUGGCAACACUCCAAGAUAAGUUAUGUAAGCACAGAUGGUACAUUGACAUUUCAAGAUGGUUUAUCUGUUGUUGCGGAUGUUAUACUUCAUUGUACA